ACAUUUAAAAGGAAAGACUCCCGCGCUGGUUUAUGGCCCGCUCUUUGAUAUUCUAUCCUCCCCAACCUUUUAACCCUCGCACUUUCUCCACCCUCAACCAACCUCCCUUCACUUUCAGCAAUGCGUGUCUCUGCCUCUUUGUUCGCUGCCCUGGCCUUGGUUGCCACCACCGUCCUGGCUGCUCCUGAAAAUAAGAAGAACAACAAUAACAACAAGCCCAUUGUCAUCAACAAGAAAGUCCUCCAGACCUCCAAGUUGUAGAUUACACCACUUCAACCCCAUCGAAACAACGUCUUCUGAUCUAUGCUUUUGUGUGUAAACUUUAUCUCUUUCUCUCUCUUCCAGGGUACUGAAUUGUUCACCAACUGGGUUGGUCUGAACGUCGACUUCCAGUACGUCAAGCCCAUCUUUGACCUCGUCAACACGACCCAGACGCUCGGCAACGGCACCCUGCUCUCCCGUGGCGAGGCCCAUGUGUCGAUCAUCCUCCCCACGGAGUACGACCAGGUCCUCCACCCCGCCGGUGUCACGAUCGAGGAACUCAACACCCUCGCCUCGACCAAGAACCGUCUCCAGCGCUCCAAGUUCGAGCUCGAGUGCCUGGGCCGUGUCCAGGUCGUGUCGAAGCCCGACGGUGUGUUCCAGCAGUCGGUGCAGAUCAUCCUCAAGAAUUACAAGGACCUGAUCCACUUCCGUGAGGAGGUUUUCAAGCUGUAUGUGAAGAAGGGCGGCAACCCGGCCUUGUUCGCCGCCGAGAACUUUACGCCCCACAUUACCUUGGGCUUCAAGCACAGGGAUAUCUUUAUUGAGGAUGGUGUCUACAAGGGCAAGAACGCUUGCAUCCACAAGAUUGUUGCCAAGUAAAAAAAGAAAAAAAUGAAAGAGUGAAAAAAGACAAAUAUACUGUUCAUAGUACAUCCAUACCCUUGCCAUAGACGUUAACAAACACAACAUAAUAAUAUGAAAAAAAAGAGCGCGACGGGAGCCGUAAAGUGCACGAUCGAAUGCGUGUCUAGUCUAAUAUGAAAUGAUUACAAAACGGC